AUGGAAGCCCCUUCAGAAAUUACCGAUUCCAAAUCAGAUACAUCGAAGGGCCUAGAUGCUCAAUUAAUCGAGAAAAAUGUUGCUCUUCCUAAAGACAUAUUCCGUUCGUAUCUGAGUUAUUUGAUCUAUGAUAUGCUUCAUUAUAAACCGAUAAUGGUUCUGGGCGCGGUAUCCGUGGGUUCAGUUUUAUCGAUCGUGUUUUUGCACGACAACAUCGCUUGCGUUGUCAUUUCCGCAGUACUGGCUGGUAUUUCCUUGUUCGCUUUAAUGAUUCUAGGUGAUGGUUAUCUAAAGCCGGUCAGUCGUCGAGAUUUCAGUGCUGAGCUUUUAGUAGAAGUCAUCACACGUAAACCAGCGGUAGAAGGGAAAGAAUGGAAGAUUAUCACAUACAAAAUGAACCAAUAUCUGUUUAAUCAUGGACAAUGGCAUACACCGUACUACUUUUACGGCGACGAAAAUUGCUACCGUUAUUUUCUAAGCCUUAUUGAAGGAACCACUGCCAAGAAGCAAACACCCACAUCAAUUGGCUAUUCUACAGGCACGCAGUUGAAUUCAUCGGUCACCGCUGAAUCUGAAGAUGCCAUUGAGUCUGUUCCUCCUAGUCCCGGACUGAAUUAUCAAAACUUCCUCCUCAAGGCAGCGGAGAUCGAACAACAAGCUCAAGAAAAUUACUGGCGAAGGCGACAUCCCAAUAUCGAUGCGCUCCUUAAAAAGACGAAAUAG